AUGCCCAUGCCUGAUGACCUGUGGGAGGCGCUCUCCCAAGACAUUCCCACCACGUCGGAUCCCUUCGUGAAGCAGUAUCUGACGGGCCGUGAGAGCCUCAUCGGCAAGGAGAAGGAGACGAGGUCAGAUGCGUCCUUUCGCAAAUCCCUGUCGCCAAUCGCCAGACGCGCCUGCGCCAUCGUCGACCGCAUCCGUGCCCAUGAGCAGGCCACCGUCUGGACGCCCAGCGUCGAGGAGCAGCUGGCCCAGGAGACCAAGCAGAGCAUCUUCCCGGGCAUGAUGUUCAUGAUGGCCAAGGACCGCAUGGAGAAGACCAACCUGUGGAAGAUUGUGCGCCGUAUGCCCAAGGGAUCUCUGCUGCAUGCACACAUGGACGCGAUGGUGGACUUUGACUUUAUUCUCGGCGAGCUUCUCAAGACCCCCGGCAUGCACAUGUCUAGCGACGUGCCUCUCACAACGGAUGAGUCCAGAGAGAACUCAGUUGUGCGUUUUAGAUUCAGGGCCAAGGAAAGGGUAGACGGGUCGAUAUGGGAUGAGAGCUACGAGCCGGGUUCGUUUCUGCUGCUCACCAAGGUGGCUGACGAGUUCCCCGAGGGUGGCCGGCCGGGGUUCUUGAAGUGGCUCAAGAGCCGGUGUACGCUCUCACUUAUCGACAGCCACGAGCAGCACCACGGCAUCGACGCCAUAUGGGACAAGUUUGCCAAGUGCUUCGUCGUUGUUGCGACCAUGAUACACUACGAGCCCAUGUUCCGCGCCUUUUUGCGGCGCUUGAUGGGGCUUCUCAAGGCUGACGGGGUCAACUGGGCCGAACUUCGAUUCACAUGGCCACUCGACUAUUGCCGUGACCGUAGGGAGGAACCGGAGACGGACUACAGCCACAUGUGCAAGGUCAUUCUAGAGGAAGUUGCCAAGUUUAAAGCCUCCGAAGAAGGCAAGGGUUUCUGGGGCCUCACGCUCAUCUGGACGACUCUCCGGAGCUUUGGGACUCGGCGCAUAAUUGAGAACAUGGAUCACUGCAUCACGACUAAGAUGGAGUUUCCUAACCUCAUAGCAGGAUACGACGUCGUCGGACCCGAGGAUCUCGGUAAGCCGCUGGUAAACCUACUACCCGAACUGUUCUGGUUCCGAAAGCAGUGUGCGCAGGAGGGCGUCAAUCUGCCGUUUUACUUCCACGCAGGUGAAACGCUCGGUGAUGGCUCCAGCACAGACAACAACCUAUUUGAUGCCAUAUUGUUAGGCACUCGCCGCAUAGGCCAUGGAUUCAGUCUAUAUAAGCACCCUCUUCUCAUUGAUAUGGUCAAGGACAAGCGUAUCCUUAUCGAAUCAUGCCCCAUCUCCAACGAAGUCCUCCGGCUUUGCGGAUCUAUUACCGCCCACCCACUGCCGGCCCUCCUUGCCCGCGGAGUCCCGUGCAGUCUCUGCAACGAUGACCCGGCAAUGCUGGGCCAAAACACGGCGGGCAUGUCCCACGACUUUUGGCAGGCUCUUCAAGGCUGGGACAACUUGGGCUUGGCUGGGCUUGGCAGCUUGGCCGAAAAUAGCGUUCGGUGGUCAACGUUUGAGGACCAAGACCAGGAGCAGUGGGUUAAGGGGAUUCAAGAGGCGAGCCUCGGAAGCGGUGUAAAAGCGGAUAGACUUAAGCAGUGGAGGGUGGACUGGGAAGCUUUCUGUUUGUGGAUUGUGACUGAGUUUGGCGAUGAGUUUGACCCUGAGACAGAGGCAUAG